AUGGAGGAGACCAACACAAUAGACAUCUCUCUGAGCUACAUGAAUGCUUCUGAAUAUGCAGACUCUCAGGCGGUUAUUCCAUCUCAGUGCAUAAUACAAAAUUAUAGUAUCUUGAUAAUUGCAGGUGUCUUUAUUGGUAUUUCCCUGUGUGGACUUGUGGGAAAUAUGGUGGUCGUGUGGUUUCUGGGCUUCCACAUGAAGAAGAGCCCCUUCACUGUCUAUGUCCUGAACCUGGCCAUCACUGACUUCUUUCUACUCGUGUUCCUUCUUGUUAAAUUUAUAUUACACAUUGUUUCAACAGUCUAUUGUAUUUCCUCAUUUGAAUAUCUACCCACCAAUUAUAUCCUGAUGGAUCUGUUUCUGUUUUGGUAUUUUGCCAGCAUGUAUCUCCUGACGGCAAUGAGCGUGGAGAGGUGCCUGUCUGUUUUGUUCCCAAUCUGGUACCGGUGCCACCGCCCAAAGCGCUUGUCAGGCAUCGUGUGUGGGGUGCUCUGGGCUCUCGCCGGAAUUUUUGUUUCUUUGGUUUUCAUUAGUUGUUAUUCCCCUUGGAAUAUAAAAUGUGAACAAGUAGUGCAAGGUGUAUGCAUUGUGAAUUUUCUCAUUUUCACUUUAUUCCCAUUCCUUUCCAACCUCUCCCUGUUCAUCAAACUCCAAUGUGGCUCACAGAGACGACACCCAGGGAAACUCUACGUUGCUGUCCUGCUCAGUGUGGUCUUCUUGUUCCUCUUUGGGUUUCCUUGCAAUGUGAUGAUUUUCCUGGAUCCUGUUUAUAUUGACCCAUUUUACCUUCAUAUUUCUUACCUGCUGGCAUCGCUGAACAGCAGCAUCAAUCCGGUCAUUUACUUUCUGGUGGGGAGCUGCCGGCAGCGUGGAUUCCAAGCCUCCAUGAAAGUCGCCUUCCGACGAGUGUUUGAAGAGAAAGUGACGAGCGAGGAGGGGAGCCACAUGCCUGGGGACGCUACGGUGGAGACCACCCUAUAA